GACUUUUAAUGAUUGAAAGAAUAUAAUAAUGAUAAAAAUAUAAUGAACAAUUUGGUAACGUUAUUGAAAAAAUGGUUGAAAAAAUUGUUACAAGAAUACUAUCUAAUUAAAAAUUAAGCUCUUAUAGAAGUUUAAGUUUCGCAAGUAAACAUUGAAAUAUGCAUUGAAAAAAGAGUUUUAUUAUAGUUAUUUAACCAAAUAUUGAAUGCAAUAAUGUCAAUUCAAUAUUUAGUUAAUAUAAUAGAAAAUAUUUUAUUAAUUUUACGGAGUUAAAACUAAUAGUGAUCUCAUAAAAUCUAAAUACAUGCUAAUUUCAGUAAAUGUAAAUUCUCAAUAAUAUAAGUCACUUUUAUCGAGCUUAUAUUGAACCGUUAAAUUCCUUUAAAAAAAUAAUAAAAAGGUAUAUAAAAUUUACUUGGUAAUAUAAUUAAUAUCUUUACAAAUUGCUAUUUCAAUGGCAUUACUAUUUGGUGAUUUGAUCUACCGAUUUCUAUCCUACAAAGCAUUGAGAAGGGUACAUAGUUUUCGCGAUGACAGGAUGAUAGUCAAUGCUAUUGUGUUGCGGACGGCUUUCGGGAUGCAAUCAAACCUCGGCGCUAUUUAGGCUCAUCAGCUUUAAUUGGCUUCGUUUGUAAUUACGGCAUGAGAGGAGUCCGCGAUAGGGCUGGCACAAGCGAAGACAAUGAAGAAGGAGGCCGGAAGGAGAGGGUGGAAUACCCCGAAUAGUCCGCGCUGUCGGAGGCUGCGUUCUGGAGAGAUCGGGGAAGUGAGUUUAGUGCCGUCAUUGUCAGCUUCUCCAGGACGGGGAAGACUUGAUACAGAUCCUCAUCACAGACAAAAGACUUCUUUAUCAUCAAUUAUCGUUAGGGGAUAUCGUUACGAACACUCUAUGACGUAAUAUGUAUCAUGUUUUCAUUGCGAGACAUUAGAGAUAUCAACUGUAUUUAACCCACCCAGUCGAGGAUUUGUAAAGCUGGCGCGACAUUUUAUUAAUAUCAAAAAAAUUAUUACAGUUCUAAUAGCACUAGUACUUUAUUAAAAUAAAAAAGAGUUCUGCAACCUUUAUAUGAAAAAAAAAAUAAAAAUGAAAAAAUGUACCAAGUUCGCGAAGUUAGCACGACACCUUUUCUCUAGUACAAGAGAGCAAUAAAUAUUAUCGUUUUUAAUACCAGUUCCAAAUAGUACUGCUAGAUUUCUAGCAUUAUGUGUAAUAACAAACAAAAUAACAAACAAAAAUUUUAACGAUUUUCUUUUUAUUCUACACUUUUAAUAUUAAACACAGCGAUAUAAUAUUAAAUUCUAAUAUUAAACGAUACUCGGACGAAGUGUCGUGCUGAGUAUUUCUGAUAAUUCUAGCAACAAUUCUCGGUAGUACUUAUACAGUUCUAUUCUUUGUAAUUAUUUUUAAACAGAGUUCCGGCGAGUGAACAUUUUUUAAUAAUUUUUUAAUGCCCGAAAUUAGCACGACAUAAUAUAUUAUAAUUAUAAUGUAAUAAUACACAAAAAAUAUGCACAGUAUGAAUGUGCAUAAGCAUAGGAAGACCACUGAGCAUCUUAAGCUCAUAUAAGUUAAUGUGGCUACUAGCUGAGUUAGAUGCUCAUUGAUUUUAACGGUCUUGUGUUACAUGCUACGCAUUUUGUGUGUUUAAGUCUCAAUGAACGUGAACUAAUUUUGCCUAACGCCACGGGGACUUGCGCUCGCGUAAAUUCUUCAAUUCAUAAAUCUCAAAUGCGGCAGAGCUUUGUUUUCAUAAAUCUUCCUUUUCGCAAGAUCCUUGACUGCCGUCGUAGAUCGUAAAGGCAAUAAUUCUCGAGCGUGUAACUGCAAUUUUGCAGCCUCGUGUAACAGCACCGGCUCUUGAUACUCGGGUAGAAAUUGCGGAAUCGCUCGCACGUUACCGCGUACAAGCGUUCAAUUGACGGCGGACACACAUUUUUCGGUGACCGCACAAACACGCGAGGCGCACCCAUGCAGACCGCUUCCUGGCCUGGAAAGGGUGGGCACGUCGCCUCGCACCCGAGAAUGGAAGACGAGGAGAGACGCCGUGGGAAUGGCCUCCUUCAUGCCGAAUUACGUUUCGGCGUAACGCUCUUAAACCGCUUUCAGAAACAAUGCACAUAGCUCAUGAAACAUUCCGCAAAUCCAAACUGUAUGUACAUACACGAUAAACUGUACCGCAUUCAUACCAGCGACAAUUAUCGCUUAUUCGCCACUUAGUCUCUUGAUCUUUUAGCGAUUAAUAUCAUGAUUUUGUUGUUUAAGCUUGUUGUCACGUCAUUCUAUUUAUAUAACAUAAAAAUCUUCAUUCAUAUUUAACUGAAUAUUGUAAGUAGGAGAUAGUCUCUAUCAAUUGAGGGGUCUCAAUUAACUUCACUCAUAAUUUACCAGAUUCUUCAUCUCUUCCCACUUCCAAUUCCACAAUUGAGAUAAAGAGUCUCGGUUUAAGUUAACCGGUAUUGAUAAAACCAAUCAUAAAUCUUGAAAUAUAAUCCUUCUCGAGAGAAUUCUGAGACCCCACACCGUUUUAAGGAUCUCACUUCUGAAUAGUCGCAACUUUCGAAAUUUCAUAUUCAAGAAUCGACUGGCGGAUCCUCAUCCGCCGUCACCGGAUCUCCCGAUGGUACCUUUACCGUUUUCGAUCGCCGGCGCCUUUCGCAGACAUUCCCGAAAUUCAAUCAUCCUCUCGAACUAUUCGCCAAGAGCGGCGGCGUCAAGAGCGGAAGUACAUCAUUCCGCUGCCGUUGGUUCCCCCGACGAGGGUCGCCGGUUGGGAAGCCAGGUCGCGUCAGGUUAUCCUUCUCUCUUUCUCUGCAAAGCUACAACACGUGACGCGAACACGUGGGAAGGAGAGACCUGGGGGCCGCCAAAGAGAACCUUUCUCUCUCCUCCCUCCACCUGAGGCGUGUGGGCUUUCUCUCUCCUUUCUCUCUCUCUCUCUUUCUCUUCCGUUUCUAUCCUUCGGCAGCCAACAGGUAGAAAGAGAGACAGGUGGCUCGGCGAUGUAUGCAUGAUGCCGGGUGCGAUACGACAAUCCUGAACUCUGGCCAGUGUCCGUGAUGACUGCCUCGUGAAUCGACGUGUCUGUUGGAUAAAUAUGAUAUAGCGACGAUUUUUUUUUUACGUCUUUCGUGAAAUUAAUUAGAGUCUUUAUCAAAACGAUUCUAACUGUGCUAGAAUCGUCCAUUAUCAGUGAUGGUUUGUGAUAAAUAGAGUGCUUUGAAUUGUGAAUCUUUUGAAACAUUUAUGUGAGCUUAUCAACGCGGUGUUUACAGAAAAUCAUUGAAUAUUAAAUAAAUAAAAUGAAGUGAAUCACAGUGUGUUUAAUGGUGUAAGUUAAAAAACGAAAAUGUGAAAUUCGAUGAUUCCCAUCGCGAUCCAGCUUUCGUGGUUUUGUAUCAACAAAAAAGUGAUUGUAAAAGGUCCACAGCUAAAAUGCUAAUCGCCAGUGCAUCCAAUAAUCAAACAAUUGCUCCUACGUCAUCCGUAAAGCUUCGAAGAUCCCGCCGAUUAUCAUCUACCAGAGGAUUGAAGCAACGAACCACCGCAAAUAUUUCGAAGGAUUCUCUUCCUUAUCAAGAUCACUAUCAGAAAUUCGGUCGUUGUCCCGUAGCUAGCAAGAACAUCAACGAGGACAACACCAAAGGUAAACUACUGAUAAACUGGGAGAUGAAUGAGAGGAUUAGCUUAAGCAGCGGCUCCAGUGCCGGAUUGGCGAUUCGCCCCGAUGGUAGGAAAGGUAUCGAGUUCAGCGAAAAUCGCAGAAGGGAAAUUGAAAGUAGAUCGAAAAUCGGCGAAUGUUCAGAACGGAAUUGUGAAACCAAAUCGUCAUCAUUGUCAUCAACCAAACCAGCAUUGGAGUUGAUGAACGUAUCUGGAUUCCUUUCAAAUGUCGAUCGAAAGCACCGUGGAAGUUCUCGCUCAAUCGACAUCGAUACGGGAGAUGAAAAUAUUCUCAAGAGUGAUUCGAAGUACGAAAUCGGUAUUCCCAGUCGCAACUCCGCGACAAGAACGCAGAGGCAACAGAAUACGCUCAGGAAGGACAGCACCGAUACAACGAGAAGAUGGACCAAAGAUAAGUGCGGCGAUUCCAUCUCCAAGCGGCUAGAAUUGAUCCAUGAGCUCAAUCAAAAGAUCUUAGCUAACUAUGAAAGGUUUCAGCAGAGAUCAAAGCGUGCCAAAGACACGAAGGAGCAGACCGUCAAGAAUUGUGCCAAGGAUAAAGUUGAUCCUGAGGAACAUAUUUACACAGAGAUCAAAAGAAAAAACAAAACCUGUAGAACGAACGAUCGGAGGAAACAAGGCAUUCUUAAGCAGGAUAGCUCUAAUCAAGAAACUUGUAGAAGAGACUCCGCGAAGCGGGAUACUUGUAGACAAGCGGAUACUAAUAAAUCAGUUUUAUCUAAAAGUUACUACGAAAGUAUCAAAGACCGAGCGAAGCAAAGGGAUAUCUCGACAGCCGCGAAUAAGCUUGAUCGUAGGAUCGUUUGCGAGAAUACGAAUUUCAGCAUGGCGGCUAAAGAAAAUUUCUCCUACCAUGUUGAUGAAAAGACACUGCCGUCGAAAUAUGUGAAAUUGAAAGAUAAGAAGGGACGAUUGUCGGAAGAGAGUUCGGUCUUCUAUGCAAACGAGGAGGACAUCCCUCCGAAGGAGAUCGAAUCAAUUGAGACUCAAGAUUGCCUGGAGAAUUCCAGAUUGUAUCCCGAAAGUUGCAAUCUGUAUAAUAACGAGCCUGAGAAUGAUGGCUUGAAGGGAAAGGCAAGGGAUAGAGCCUCGACGAUCGAUCGAUCCGAUUCGCGGGAAGACACUGAGACGGAGAGAAGGAGCGAGGACGCUGUGACGGACGAAAAGAUUUUAGAGAGCAAGAUCCUAGAGAACCUGGACGAGACAAUCGAUAGAUUCGAUAGCGAAAGGACGCAAUUGACGUCGGACGAUAGCAAUGAGGAGAAGGACAGCUUUAGCACGGAUUCUAUACAGAGUGGGAGCCCGUCGAGCGUAAAAGGCUCGAAGAACGCCGCUAACCUCCUGGAUACCUUCAAUUCCUCCUGGGAUUCGGGAGUCGGGGUGGACGUCGGCAAUGGGAGUGGGUGGGUAAGGAUACACACGGGAAUCGAGAGCAGCCUCGUAUAUCUUACUCUGGACACCACAGCUAAGGACGUCUGCAGGGACAUGCUGUUGGGAGACGACUUGUCUCUGUUUGUUCAGUAUGGUGGUGAGCCAGGUAGGAGGUUGGCGUCCCAAGAGAAGCCGCUGGAGAUUCAGGAUCAAUUUCUUCAAAGGCUUGGCUACCAGGAUAUGUCCCGGCGCGCUCGUCUGGGAGUUGAUCCAGAACUCAGACAUCUCAUCGGCUUUCACGUAGGACCCACAUCGCCACUGCCAGAUCUGGGAGGAUACAGUCGUUGCGGUUACACUUUGGUAUUAAAGGGGUUGGUCUUUCCUCAGUGGAAACGACGACCUUUGGCCGUCAUCGGAUCCAGGCUCUUUCUUUAUCCGGCUUGUCCGGAAUCGCGAGCAGAAUGGAUGGAGCUAGGCGACGGAGGUGGCGCGGUAUGCUAUGCGCCGUCACGUCUGGGCAAACUCGUUUUGCGUGUCACUGGGUUUCCCAGGGUCACUCAACAGUGCCAUGUGAGCCAACACCCCGAGGAGAAUCACCAUCGUGAAACCAGGCAUCUGUAUCUGGGCUUCCAUCAUCCCUGGGAUCGAGACCUCUGGAAAGGCUGGAUCAAAACGGCUACGCAGUUGUCGACAUGCCCAAAAAAAUUGGAUUUGAGCAAGGCGGGUUUAUCAAGAGUUCCCGACAGCGCAAUUGCUUUUCCGGCAAUAGAAGAGCUCGCAUUAGGAUGCAACCAGUUCACCAACAUUGAUAACAAUCUGAAGCUUCUGCAUAGAUUUCCCAAACUUCAUACCGUCCAUCUGGAGAGUAACAAUCUCCACAGAAUCCCGAGGGAACUGCUGGAGCUGCCGGCGUUGACCUACCUUAAUCUCUCAGACAACAAGAUCGAGAUAAUUCCGGCUGACAUUUGCCAACUAAUCAAUUUGAAGGAGCUAAUCCUUGACCGUAAUGGCAUCAAGGACCUACCAGAUGAAGUGACACGGCUAAGAAACUUGAAGAAUAUUUCCCUGGUCGGAAAUUUACUCAGCACCGUACCAUCCUUUUUCAACAUGCGAGCUCUCGCUUUGACAGAAGUCCUGUCGAAGACAGAUCAUGGAAAAUCUUACAAGGAUGAGAAAAUCAAUUAUAGCAAUUUGCACAAGAUUAAUUUAAGGAACAAUCAAUUAAAAGGAAAUAUAAUUUUGGGAAAUUACGGCAACUUGACGCAUCUAGACGUGAGCGAAAAUAACAUUGAAAAAUUGGACAUCAGUGCUCUUCAAGAAUUGAAAAGUGUACGCUGUGGACGAAAUCAUUUAACGGAAUUAACUCUUUGCGGCCGAAAUCUUGUAUCGCUUAUUGCAGGAAACAAUAGAUUAAAAAAAUUAAUUGUAGAACCUGUGCCAACUAACCUGGAGCAUUUAGAUGUUUCCUACAACAAUUUAGAUGCGUUACCAGAAUGGACAACUGAAAUACCAGCAUUGCGCGUCCUUUUCGCAUCGCACAAUGCUCUCACGGCUCUCCCGGACAGGUUGUUGUCGCAACCCUCGAGAAUAGAAGUUCUUCAUCUGCCUCACAACCGACUACAAGCUCUACCACCACCCAGGAGACCAUUGAAUAUCGUCCAUUUAACUCUUCAGGGCAAUAUGUUGACCACGUUGCCAACUAGUUUUUUCGCAAACACCGAAAAGAUGAAAGUUUUGAACCUCUCCAACAAUCGGCUCUCCGAACUUCCGUAUCGCGAAGAGGCUGGCAAAACUCACCAGGGAUCGCACACCUUGGAGAAAUUAUAUGUCACGGCAAAUUGUCUGACCGAUACCGCUUUAGAUGCUCUCGCGAAGUUCACGUCUUUGAGAAUUCUUCACAUUGCUUAUAACACCCUGGACACUCUUCCGGAAAGUUGCAUAGCUGCGUGGGGUGACCUGGAAGAACUGGUGCUAUCUGGAAACCGCUUGCAAUACCUUCCAGACAACGUGGCAAAUUUGCGACAUUUGCGCGUACUGCGCGUACAUUCUAAUCGACUAUUAACGUGCCCCACCUUCAGUAGAACAGCAUCUUUGAAGGUGUUAGAUCUGGCGCACAAUCAAUUGGACAGGGUAAAUCUAGCAACACUGGUACCACCUCAACUACAAUUUCUCGAUAUAUCCUGCAACUCCCGAUUGCACGUGGACCCGCGACAAUUUCAGGAUUAUAGAUCUCAAAGGCCAAUAUCUUUGGUGGAUGUGUCUGGACAGAACAGACCCAGUUUGCCUUCUCAUCCGCAUCAGCAAGAAAUCGUCGCGGCGGAAAAGAAUACCGAACAACCAUGGCGAUUGGGUUUUUCGGAAACUGCGGGUUCACGCGAAAAGCUAUACAUUUCUCAAGUGCGAUUGCCAUCUUUCUGCAAUGUCGAGGGUCUCUUCGGUAUAUUCGACGGUGGUUCAAAUCAGGAGGCACCUAGCGCCCUUCAAGAAAUGAUCCCUCGUCUCUUACUGGAGGAACGAACGAUCCGAGAGACAUCAAAGGAAUAUCUUAAGUAUACCCUGCUGUCAGCACACAGGGAACUCAAGGAGAAGGGUCAAAAGUAUGGCGUGGACGCAACUCUGGUCCACAUAGUGAAACUAUCGUCGCAGCAAGGAUAUUCGAAGUCUUCAACCAAAUAUUCUCUGAAAGUUGCUUCGACCGGAGAUGCCAAAGCUGUUCUUUGUAGAGCCGCAGGUCCCUUGACCUUCGCUAAGUCUAAGAAAGCUCAGACAGUGAAGAACCAACUUGGUAAUGCCGCCAUGUUCCCUUUGGUGGUGCCUGAUCCAAUUUAUGAGGAAGUGACGCUGGAGGACGACGAUGAGUUCGUCAUAGUUGCCAAUCGGAGACUAUGGGAGGUCCUGACUAUCCAGGAGGCUGUGAGGGAGGCCAGAGCCGAAGCCAGUCCUGUUUUGGCUGCGAAAAGACUUCAGGAUCUCGCGCAGUCUUAUGGUGCGGAGGACAAUCUAAGCAUUAUCGUUGUCCGGUUGGCGGGGCCAAGCCCGGGCGACAUGGAUCAGCUCAUGCGUGAACUAAGGCAGGCCGUUGGCAAAAACCGAAACCAAAGCGAUAGCGUGUGUCCUUGUCCUUGUUGCGUGCCGCCAGCGGCGCAUAAACCACCGACUGCCUGCUGUUGUCACGCAAGCGAAGGCUAUUAUCUUAAUGGCGUGUUAAAAAACAUUGUAGGCAGAUCCAACAAGGUUCACGGUGGUUCCGGAAGGUAUUUCAAGAACUCCAGAUCGACGCAGGAGAACGAAAGUCCUCCGUACAGAGACGACCGCAGUUCGCCAAGUGGACAAUCCGAUCAAGCCAGUGAUAGCACUUUCAAGUCUCGUCAUCCAUCCGGAAGGAUGUGGUCCGGAAGUGCAGCUGCUAGAGCGACAAAUAAGGCUCACCAGAGUGUUCUCAUGCAGGAAAACGGCAUGCGAAAAGCAUCACCUUGCCUUGCCACGCAAGAGGAUGCUAUCUCGGAGAGAUCUAGCGCUCUCAGCGAGGAACAAUUUCGUUGUUGGGAAUACAUGCUGGAGCAGAAUACUCAGAUGCUAUUCGACAAGGAGCUGGACACGCUGACGAAGGCGCCGUUGCAUCGCGGCCAAUCGAGGUCGACACCACAGUUAGGCAGCAAUCUUCCCUUCCUGUCGAAAAGGUUCGGCAGCGCCCGCUCCUUCAAUCCUUCGCUAUCACGACCGCCGAUAGUCCGUUUCGGUAGCGGUCGAAGACUGCUGAACGGCGGGCCAAAUGCCGCUUACUUCGGCAGCCUGCAAAGGUUGAUGCCGUACAACCUCGAGUACGAUUUCGCCGUUAUCCAGGAAAGAAACGGCCUGGACUCGUUGGAACAGGACGCCUCAAGGAUGCAACAGUACUGGGGAGUUGCCACCACGGAACUGUAGAUCAAAAUCCAGCGCAAGGAUACUAGGAAUAAGAUAGAAGUGCAAAAAAGUAAAAAAUGAUAUUUAACAAUGAAUGAGCUCAAUCGUAGUUGAACAAAUGUCACUCAAAUGUAUAAUAACGUUUAUGUAAUUCUCUCCUGAAAAAGUUUCCAUUUUGAUAUUUAUAUUUUGCUGAAAGUUUGCAGCAUACGAGUUCUUUAUCAUUGUUAUCAUAUCUGAUUGCGGAAUAUAACACGGAAAUUCAUUGCGCGUUAUAUUCAAUUACAUUACAUCAUUUGUCGGAUCGCGAUAAAUUAAUUUGCGCUUAAUUAUCAACAAUUUAAUAUAACCAAAGUGAUUUGUCUUGGAAGGCUCGACGGCGCAAAGUAAUUACAAUCUGUACUCUAAUUAUCAUUGGCUGACACAGAGUAAUUAAUGGAAUACAAUGCGAUGGAGCAGAGAGCUAAUCGUACCAGAGCAACAAAAGCGCACAAUCGCAGUAUCGAUCGUGUUGAUAACAAUGGCACGACCAGAUAAGCUAUGAAGUUCUUCGAAUCUCAUGUAAGGAAAGACGGCGGGAUUUGUACCGUCACUUCGGUAAUUCGCUCGUUUAUUGCAGCUGAUACGUGUGUAAUAAAGGGACCGCGGAAACCACUGGUGCAGCCUUUACGCUACACAAAGCUUGCCUUAUUUCUUUAUAACGGUAGACAUGCGGAAGAUCUAUAUCUGCUUUAUUGCGGAACGACUUUACGGCGCUGCACAGAAAAUGAGAGAGAGAGAGAGAGAGAGAGAGAGAGAGAGAGAGAGAGAGAGAGAGAGAGAGAGAGAGAGAGAGAGAAACCAAAUAACAGAUCGAAGAAAAUCCGUUUCUAAUCUUCGAGAUCAGAGAUUAAAAUAUUCUAAAUUCCUACCUAUUCUUUAUUAUUAUAUAUACGCAUUAUUAUUUGAUGUAAAUUCUUCGAAAAGAAAUCUCUUUAUCUCUGACUAAUUGCAAAACAUACAAAACAUACUUCCACAUCUAGUAAAAUUUACAUAUGCAAAAUACGUACAUAUGCAAAUUGCAUUUCUAUUUAUUUCUUUUAAUGUAUCGAUUUUCUUUGCAUGGAUAUUUUACGUUAUCUCGCAAAUCUCAAUUAUUCUUUGCUCUAUAUUUUUAUGUUUAGUAUAUUUAGCAUUAGAUAUCGUUGUGCUUCAUAUUUUUUUCUUACAAAUGUUUUAGAAAUGUCUUUGUACAUAAUUAUUAUACAAUACUUAUAUAUAUAUAUAUUUUUUUUUUUGUAAUAAUAGGUACAAUUUAAUAUAUAUUUCCGAUUAUAACAUUUUCACGAUAAACUAUGAUAAUUUCAUAAAACACGUGAUAUCAUUGACGCAACAUCUGAUCUCGUGCUUUCAAUUACAUAUGCGUCACGUGACGAUGUAUUACGACUUAUGAUGUACAGGGUGUCUUAAUCAUACCACUAAUUGUGCGAUAAUAAUAUGUGAAAUGUUAAAUGUGUUAUAUUAUUUAAAAAAAUAUUCUAUCGUUAUUUUAUAAAAAUAAAAGUUAAUAUAAUUAUAUGUAUGAAGAAUUGUAAUAAGGUAUUUGAGUCAACAAUCUUACAAUUCUUUAUUUCAUAGGUUCUUUAAACCUACCAUUUUACAGUAAUAGAGUUGAUAAUGUAAAUUUAACAUCAUUAAUUCUUUUGAUGGCCAAGAAGCAACAUUCAACGUUUGUAGAAUUGACCAAAGUAAUGAAAUAAAACAGAGACACUGUAUAUUUAUAAGAAAGAUUAAGUCGUAUCAAAUGGGCGAUUAAAGAGCAUACUUCCGACGUAAAUUAAUUUUUUUUAGUCUCUAUUGUAUAAUUAAAACAUAUUUUUUAUUUCUCUCCUUAAUCGGAAUUAUGCUUUUCGAUGAAAAAAAAUCACGUGAAAAAAAUGUGUUUUAUAAGUGUAAAGAUAUUUUUUUAUUUUUUUAAUGUAAUAUAGAAUAUGUCCAGAAAGAAGGUAUGUUUCAAUAAUAAAUUUAUAAAUAUUUGUCUAAAAAAAGAAAGUUCUUCAAUCAUAAGAUAGGAGAAGAACAAUUUAAAAGAAAAGUUGAUUUUACAAAAGUCAAUAUAUAAUGUAAAACAGAAAACUUUAAUACUAAUUAUUCAGUAUUUGAUUAAAGUUUACAAAAAAGUUCCAUUUCUAAAAAAAUAUAAAUAUAUAGUGAAUCACCUAUUUUCGUUGAUAUAUAUUUUUCUCCGGGACACCAUGUAACAAAACUGUACCUGAGGCUGAACCAAAUAAAUCAUGGGAUGCAGUGACCCAUUGUUGUCAGAACAAAUAAACUGUACAUUUUAAA